UUGCUGUUACACGUGAGAGCCGUCAAUUCCAAAGAGGACAUCAACAAGAGCAAGGCGAAAAAGUUCGAGAAAUCCACCGCGAACAUCACCAUCGACAAGCUGGGCCUGCCGUCGAGGAAGACCGACUUCUACAUGGGCUGCGACGUCAUCCACGAGCUGAGCGUGACGCUGCACACCGUCAAGAGGUCGACGGCGCCCAACGACCCCUCGACCAGACUGACCAGGAAUAGGAGCAACAAUGGAGAGGCACCCAAUCAGCAACUGGAGUUUCUGGCGAUCGUCGAAGAGAAUUUGGCUGCGCUGGCGCAUCAGUGUUUGUUGCUCGGAGGAAGGAGUAUAGCGCACAAGUGUGUCAGGUUGAUAUUAACUUGUUGCAGAGGCGCAGAAAAUAUCGGCUCGGACCGCUCAGACCGCCUAUCCUCCUGCGUCCUCGCCGCCCUCUUCCGAACCCUCGACUCGAUCCAAGACGUACGAUCCUCCGCCGGCCUGCAGUGGCUGUUCGCCCUCCUCCUCGAGGCCACCGGCAAGGCGAAGGAGGCCGCCCUCACCGCCCGCUGCGUCUCGCUGCUGGGCAAGCCGGCGCUCUUCGACGUCGAGCCGCCGUCGCCAGCGAAGGCGUCGGACGCCGUGGAUGCCUACCUGGGGCAGUGCUCGACGCCGCAACCGGGCGUGGAGGGCGGGGGAGGGCAGCCGGCGGGGGGCGGCGCGUCUGCCGCCCGCCCUGACGGCGAGGGCCUCAGCGCCAAGGACGUGCUGUCGACGUCGACGGCGCGGCUGCGGCACAAGAACGUCGCCUCGCAGCGAGUCAUACACGGCACCCGAGUGGAACGCGCCGACGCCGCUUCGUCGCCCCCCUCCUACCUCAGCAGCCUGAUGCCCGUGUCGUUCUCGGCGAACGCCACUGACGCGGCCGGCAACAAGAAGGAGUACAUGGAGAAGCUGAUGGACAGCGUGGGCAAGAUGAUGAAGGCGCAGCUGAAGGGCAAGCAGGGCGGGCAGGCUGGCGGUGGGGCGGGGGGCAGCGAGCCCGACGGCAUGGACAAGUGGAUGGCGAUGUUCGGGGAGGCGGAUCAGGUGGCCGUCGACGUGGAUAGUAAGCUCGAUGCGAUUUUCGUGAACAUCUCCAAGCAACUAGAGAACCCCGCUCCGGCCGCCCAUAAGCCACCGGCCGCCCAACCCGAAGAGGUCUUCUCCGCGUCGAGCCACGCCAGCAUGCUGCCCUGGCAACAAUUACUCGCCGUGCCACCCAAGCAGGUCAUCGUGGUGGAGCGCAUGCAUUCGGGUGCCAGACGGCACGUGACGUUGGACUUUGGCAAACCGGUGCUGCUCACAGAUGUGUUCAUACCGGCCUGCUCGGAUCUGGUUACGGUGACGGUGAAUAUUUGGCUAAGGGGGGAGGACGUGGACGAUACGAGGUUAGUGGUGGCGUUGGACAUCGGGACGAGGAAUUUGUUGUUGAGCGAUUUGCAACCGCCGCCGUUGUGUCAGUUUAUGAAGCUCAAGGAGCUGCUGCAGCCCUUCCUCGUGGCUGAUAUGAGAAACGCCAUGCACCUGGCAACGUACAUGAACAUCCUCAAGGACAAGAACAUGAAUGUGAGCAACGCGGAGCACAGCAAAGUGCUGGCUGCGUACCAGGAAACUGUAAAGUUCCAGCACCAGUUGAAUAUCAUCAAGAACGUAAUCGGAAGGAUAGAGGGCAGCUUGAGCGAUGGGGCGCGGUCAGUGAGAAACUCCGAAGUCUCUACUGACAAACUCACUGCCAUAGCAGAAAACAUCCUAGAAGUCCUGCUGUCGAUAGAUUGCACCACGGAAAUGCCUCGGGAACUAUGUCAGCGAUUCUUCCAAGGGCUUUGCAUGACGCAGCCCUCGAGGCUGCAGCUGCUAGCCGCUAUUUUCCUGGAAAAACACUGCGGGCGAACGUCCUACUGGGGCGAUUUCCUCGCGGACACCCUAGCGGAGACCUUCUCGACUUCCUACACUCUCAAGUUCCCGCAGGACCGGCUCUUCAUCCUGCUGGCGUAUCUCAGCAGGAAAUCGCCUGAGAAGAGUUCCGUCAUAGAUGCUGCCCUUCGUGUGGUGCAUGAUACUCUGAAACCCUUGAUGAACAAUAGGAAGUCGCUGUUGGCGAUCACCGUCGAUUUGCCGCUGCUGUCCUGGCAGCUGAUGUAUCUGUCGCUGCAGCUGUCGUUGUGCAAGAUGCAAGGGGGCGCUCAGAACAGGUGGAAUUGGGUUCUCGGAGAGAUGAGCUACCCGACAUACUCCAGCGUCGUGAUAAACGCAGACUCGCAAUCCUACCAACAGAAGCUGAAAAGCCUGAUGGUGCAAGACAAGUUGUUCAGGUUGAAGCACUUCAAGAAAGUGCAGGACGAGAACAGGAUAUCCAAGGAGAAGAAGGAGCAGGCCGCAGAAAAGUCGAACGUCGUACUGAGAAUGCCGCAGUUCAUCGACAGCGUCCAUUGUCUGGCGCUUUUAGAGGAGAGUGAACUGUUGGAACUCAUCACGUUUUGUAUAUCUUGCAAGAUACCGUGGGCCCCCUUUGCUCUGGCUUGUUUUCUGCAAGACGCCAUCGAGUUGACUCUGGCCAAGUCAGAUGAAGUCGAAAUGGAAACUGAAACCACUGCGUCCGCCAGUUGGUCUCAAAAUGGUAAUACCCACUGA